GCCACCGCCAAAUUCUUAACACGUGGCCACUUGUUGGUCCUGCUUCAUGCCGUGCGAUGUUUUGUUUAUUUGUCAACUGAAUCCUAUAUAUAGCCAAUAGAAUCCAUAUCAUCCAAGUCGCAAAUCGAAUUCUCUCCAUCGCUAGCUUUAGCUUUCUGUUUCUCUUUCUAAUUUCAGCUUGUUAUUUUUCUUUUCUGCGAUUUAUUAUGGCCCGUUUUCCAAGUAACCCGAUUCCGAUAUUUAAAACUUGUCAACAGUCUCCGUUGCAGUCUCCAUUGCAGUCUCCAGUGGUGGUGAUCGGACCACAGUUCUUGGCACAGUAUCCGAUGGACCUGCAAGUGUCCACCAAGCUUUUGGCUCUUGGAGAAUGUAAUUUAGGCGUCACCGACACUAUGGGCAACCUGAUUUUAAGGGUGAAAAGUAAACUCUUAAGCAUCCAUGAUCGGCGUUAUUUGCUUGACCCCUCUGGCAAUGUCAUUGCCACUUUCCUACAGAAGAUAUUCACUGCCCAUAGGAGAUGGCUUGUUUUCAGAGGAGACAGCGCAAACCCCAAAAAUUUAAUUUUCAGCGUGAAGAAAUCGUCUAUCAUCCAAAUCAAAACAGAAUUAGAUGUAUUCUUAGCUACUAACACAGCAGAAACUGUCCCUGAUUUCAAGGUCAAGGGAAGCUGGUCUGAGAGGUCUUGCACCAUAUAUCUUGGGCAAUCCAAUGCGAUCAUCGCACAAAUGCAUAAGAAACGUUCACUUUCAACUGUUGUGUUGGAUGCGGACAAAUUUGGAGUGACUGUGUAUCCCAAUGUGGAUUAUGCCUUCAUAGUGGCACUUGUGGUGAUUCUUGAUGAGAUCAAUGAGGAUCGCCAUGGUGAUAAUUAGAUAGCAAUUAAUGUUAAUAAUAGAAAUUUUAAAAAACUAAUAAUUAAAGAGAGUGGAUUGCAUUUUCUUUGUUGCGUUCUCUAUGGAAUACAUGUAUGUAUUUAGAUGGAGUUGGAGUGGAGUGACCAAGUUUUGUGUUUCUUUCCUCAUGAAAACAUAUAUUUGAUGCUGAAAUGAACUGCUGGGGAGAAUUUAUGAUUGU